AAAUGACGUUGGCGGUCCUGCUCCAGUUCGGCCGAAGUCGGCCGAUGUCACCUUCACGACGUUUCUUUCUGUUGAUAAUUUAACCUCCCUUAGCUGUUUCUUGUGUCAAUAAAAAAGAAAUCCGAAGUAAUUGCACAGAAAUUUUUUACAAAAGUGGGAAAGUGACUUUCGGAGUCGGCUGUCAGUAAACUCUUCAUUGACUAGCACCAUCCUUGGCACAUUGUACCUUUUGCCAACAUGGCGGCGACGUUAGGUCGGAUUUGUAAAUUGAGUCUUUUGAAACCGAAUUACGGCACGCUGGUCGGCCAGACUAGCAAUUUCUCUACUACCGUGAAAGACUGGCCCAGAAGUCGAAAAGUGUUAUUAACAUGCUUAGGAGUAACAGCCGGAGGCAUAAGUGCCUUUAUUUAUGCAUUAGAUAGCUCAGUAAGAGCUAGCGAUUUAAUAGCUCAUCCGCCAACAUACAAAUGGGAUUUCUAUGGUUGGUUUAACUCGCUAGAUCAUGCUAGCAUGCGACGGGGAUGGGAGGUUUACAAGAAUGUCUGUGCAGCCUGUCACAGUUUGCAAUAUGUGGCAUAUCGUCACCUUGUGAAUGUCACUCAUACUGAAGCGGAAGCCAAAGCUUUAGCAGAAGAAGUCAUGGUGGAGGAUGGCCCUAAUGAACAAGGAGAAUAUUACAAACGUCCAGGAAAACUAUCUGAUUAUAUACCGUCGCCAUAUCCAAAUGAAGAAGCUGCUAGAGCAGCAAACAAUGGUGCUUAUCCACCUGAUCUGUCUUACAUGAUUAAUGCCAGGCACAACGGAGAAAACUAUGUAUUUUCUUUGUUGACUGGAUAUUGUGAUCCACCAGCUGGUAUACAUUUAAGAGAAGGUCAAUAUUUCAAUCCAUAUUUCCCAGGCGGCGCAAUUGGUAUGGCACAAGCUAUUUAUGACGAAGUUUUAGAAUACGAAGAUGGAACUCCUCCAACUGCAUCUCAAGUAACAAAAGAUAUCGUCACAUUCCUGACGUGGACUGCCAAUCAUGAAUUCGACGAUCGAAAGAGGAUGACUAUUAAGGCUCUUGGAAUACUGCUCAUUCUAACUGCUGCCACGUACUACAUGAAACGACAUACAUGGACAACUGUCAAGAGCACAAAAAUAAUGUUCGUCCCAAAACAAUAUAAACGUUAGCCGAAUGGAAAUUAAUGCAAUAUUAGCUAUUGUGCUGAUAUCGGAAUGUAGUUUCAGAAUUUAAGUGAUGUAUCCGGCAAGUUUUUGUGACUCCUCUCUCAAGAUUCAUACUCAUGCUAGCAUUUGACAAACUGUCAAUUUGUCAUCACUACCAAACCUAUUAAAUUAUACAUUGUACAUAGCUAUAUACAAUGGAGUCAUUGUCUGACAUAAAUAAAUUGUUAAACAUAAAGAACGUUCAUUCUUUUGACGAGAUGCGAUUUAUAUUCGCAGUCUUGAACAAUUCGCGGGGAAUGUUCAAGUAUGAUUACGAAAUUUAUUAUCAUAUUCAAACAUUUUUUUAUUCAAAAGAUAUAAAAAUCUAUUGUAAUUAUAUAUGUACGCAUAUAUAAAUCGAGAAUAUAGUCUUAAUUUUGUGCUUGUAUAGUAAUAUCUCGCUAACGAAAUGUUUUUCAGUAAAGAGGAAUUCAUUUGGACUAUAAAUUCUCUGAGAGAUCACAAGAAAAAUGAACGCUGUGAAACAAUCUGGUUUCAAUAAAUCAAUUUGAUUAUUUUCCAAAGAAGAAAGAUCAUUAACGCAUAUGGAUAAAAAAAGAAAGACAAGACAACACCUCCAUUUCUAAGGAAAUCAUUUUAUUCUCCUUAAGCUUGAUUUCGUCCACAUGGAGUUACAUAACUUGUUUACUCUUUCAAUAGGAUGAUUUAAAUUACACUAUUUAUAUUACCGAUAGUGUAAUACUGAAAUGCAAAGCUGACAAAGAGGUAUAUUUCGUUUGGGUAAUCGAAAAUUUUUACAUUACACAAUUAAACACGGAGAUAUCUCAAAAAUCUACUUUGAAUCUACUUUGGUGGAACUCACUUUAGUUUCUAGAUAUGAAGACAUUUUUUAUUUAUUAUUUUUUUUUUAAAGUAAUAGGUAAUAAACCCCGAGAUGACGUCAAUAAUAAUAACACGUUAUCCUCUUGCUGGAAUAUAAUAACACGUUCGCAUCGUAAUGGAAAUCAAGUGGGCUGCAUACAAUUCGAUUUUCAGCAAUGGUGUGUCGAGCUUAAUUUAUUUAUCGCAAUAAUUGCAUUAAUAAAGAUAAAAUAAAUCUGAUUUCACAUAACAAGUAAUAUGCAGCUUGUGUAUUUUACAGAAUGUUAGCAAUCGAUUAUGACUUUAAUAAUUCGUAAUAAACAUAAUAUAAUACAUCAAUUAUGAAGCUUGAAUCGCGCGUUUGUGUAUACUGUGAUUUUUUUGUAGUUCAAUAGGUAUAUAAUUAAAUUAUGUCAGUGGCUGUGCAUGUAUUUUCGAUUACACAAGUUCCAAAACGUGAUUAAAAAAAAAAAAAAAAAAANAAAAAAAAAAGAAAAAAAAAGAAAAAGAAAAUUUGUUUGCG